AUGGUUCGCGAACUUGAAGAGGAAGUCACGUUGCUGGAUGCCAGCUUGGAUCCGCGCACCAAUAAAGAGUCCGAGCUUAAGAUCCGCGCCGAAGAAAAGCAGCCCGGCUUCGCUCUCAAGCUACUUCAGAUCACUGCGACCGAUGCCUUCUCCUACAAUACCCGACUCGCCAGCGCCCUCUUCUUCAAGAACUUCAUCAAGCGGAAUUGGACCGAUGUGGAGGGUAACUACAAGCUCGCACCUCAAGAUGUCACAUCAAUCAAAACAGAGAUCAUUGGUCUCAUGACCAACGUCCCGGCUGGUAUACAGACACAAUUGGGUGAAGCCAUAAGUGUCAUCGCGGACAGCGAUUUCUGGGAGCGAUGGGAAACACUCGUCGACGACUUGGUGUCACGCCUGAAGCCAGAGGAUCUGACUGUCAACAUUGGUGUACUCCAGGUUGCGCAUUCCAUCUUUGGGCGUUGGAGACCUUUGUUCAGAUCCGACGAGCUGUACACAGAGAUCAACCACGUGCUGAGCAAGUUUGCUGCACCUUUUCUGAGCGUGUGGCAGAGCUUGGAUGCCUAUAUCGAGGCCCAUAGCAAUGACAAAGCGAACCUGACCAAAGCAUUCACCGAGCUUGAUCUCAUUCUCAUGAUCUUUUACGACCUCUCGUGUCACGAUCUGUCGCCUGUUUUCGAAGACAACCUGGCUGGCAUUGGUUCUAUCCUCCUCAAAUAUCUCACAUACGACAAUACCUUGCUACAGACCGAUGACGAGUCGGAGACUGGUCCAUUGGAAAACGUUAAGGCAAACGUGUUCGAGGUGCUCACUUUGUUCACGACCAAGUACUAUGAGGAUUUCUCGGGCCAGAUUCCUGGUUUCGUCUCAAGCUCGUGGACGCUCCUGACGACGACAAGCGCCGAUUCAAAGAACGACAUCCUGGUCAGCAAAGCUUUACUGUUCCUGACGUCGGUCUGCCGUAUCAACAGCCAAGCGCAGGUCUUCAGUGACGCAAGCAUCCAGUCCCAGAUCGUGGAGAAAGUCAUACUUCCCAAUGUGGCCCUACGAGAUUCCGACAUAGAAAUGUUCGAGGACGAACCAAUCGAAUUCAUCCGGCGAGAUCUAGAAGGCUCAGACAGCGAGACCCGGAGAAGAGCAGCUUCAGACUUCUUGCGCCAACUCAGCGAUGUGUUCGAGACAUCGGUCACUCAGAUCACGAUGAAUGUCAUUGGAAAAUGUCUCGAGGACUAUACUAAGAAUCCUGCAGAGAAUUGGCGAUCAAAGGAUACCGCGACCAAUUUGUUCUACGCUACAGCUGCUAAGGGACAGGCAACAUCGACUCACGGCGUUACAAAAACCAACGAGACGCUCGACAUCGGCGACUUCUUCUCGAGAAAUCUAGCUGGAGAUCUCCAAGACCAGAACGCACAUCCACUUCUGUCGGUGGAUGCCAUCAAAUAUCUCUACGUCUUCAGAAGUAUCAUUACUCGCGAGCAGUGGCAACAGGUCAUGUCAAUGCUUGUCAAUCAUCUAGGGAACAGCAACUACUGCGUCUACACAUAUGCAGCUGUCACGGUGGAACGCGUUCUUGCCAUGUAUGGCCAAGAUGGGCAGCCAGUGAUCGAGCCGGCUAACAUCGCGCCUCUGGCCAAAGAUCUUCUCGAACAUCUCUUCAGCCUCAUUGAGCGCGAUCCAGCACCGCAAAAAGUGCAAGAGAACGAGUUCCUCAUGCGCUGUAUCAUGCGAGUCCUUAUAGUCAUCCGAAAUCGCGUUCCUGCAGUCUUCGAGUCUACUCUCAACCACCUGGCCAGCAUCACACGCAUCAUCUCAACCAAUCCCUCGAACCCGAAAUUCUACUACUACCACUUCGAAUCUCUGGGCGCCGUCGUCCGAUUCGCCAACAGCGAGGACUAUGACAAGCUCAUCAAGACUCUCUUCAAUCCGUUUACCGACGUCCUCCGGAACGGUGUGGAAGAAUUCACGCCUUAUGUGUUCCAACUCCUUGCCGCCAUCGUCGAAGCCGAGCCGGACAAACCGCUACCCGACAUGCUUCAGCCGCUGAUUGCUCCAAUCCUCGCUCCAGCACUGUGGGAACAGCGUGGCAAUGUUCCUGCCCUCGUCCGUAUGCUCAGCGCACUGAUCAUGCGGUCCGCCGCCGAUAUGCAAGCCAGCGGCCAGAUCGAAAACGUACUCGGCAUCUUCCAGAAGCUGAUCGCUUCCAAGAACUUUGAAGCUUACGCUUUCGAGCUCCUCGAGAUCGCCAUUGCCAACUUCUCACCCGCCGCGCUCGAGAACUAUUGGGUCCCAAUACUAAACAUCAUCUUCACUCGCCUGCAAAAGAACCCUUCUGUGGCUUUUACGUCGCGAUUUGUACGUCUCUACCACUUCGUUGCCUCACGAGAUGACAAAGGUCUUGGUGCGGACUUCUUCAUCGCUGCCACGGACAAAGUACAGAACCAAGAUAUCUUCCGCGGCCUGUACCUCUCCAUCAUCCUCCCCAAGACCCAGGAGCUCGCUCGGCCAAUAGACCGCAAGAUUGCAGCGGUGUCCCUCACAAAGAGUCUCGCAGACAGCGAGGCCUUCGUGCAGCGUUACCCGAAAGGCUGGGCCUUGACGUGUAACACGUUACUCAAGCUGCUGGAAAAUCCUCCCGUACCUCCUCCAAAGGAUGACCUGGUCCAUGAACAAGACGUUGAGGAUUCCAGCUUCGGUGUGGGUUUCACGAGCUUGAACACCAUCAGAAAACCGAUUGUGGACCCCUUCCCAGAAAUUGGCGACUUGCGCCACUGGGUAGGCGGCUAUCUUGCUGAUGCUGACAGACGGCAUGCGGGCCGAAUCAGCAAGUCAGCCGAGGGACUCAGUGAGGAUGCGAAACGUGUUUUGAGCACCUAUAUGGCGGGCUAG